AUGCGCACUACAAAUCACCUCUACCGCACAGUACAUCGCCAGGGAAAGCCACUUCUACCACCACUACACCUUUACAGAAGAAUCUUGCGCGCCCACCGCACUUUCCCGCCGGCACAGCGCGCCCUCGGAGACGAAUACGUGAAGUCGGAAUUUAAACUACACAAGAACAUUGAUAACCCGGUCCAUAUUAUCGGCUUCCUGGCUUCCUGGCAGGACUAUUUCCACAUGAUUUCCACCAACAGCUGGGCUGAAGGUACACUUUCGAAGAGCCUAGUUGACCAGAUGUCGUCAGAGCAAAUCGUACAACUGUACGAGCUUAUGAAAGAAACCAAACAGCUGGGGGGCGCUUCCGCAGAGAGCGGAUCCUCCUUGAGUUGA